AAACAGACAACCGCACGAAAAAGAGAGCAGACAACCGCACGCCGGCACGCGCGCUCGGCGGCGCCUAGAUCGGCGGUGACGGAGGCACGUCGCCAUCGAGGAACCUAGAGAUUCCUGGCAGCAGCAUGGCAAGGUACCAGCGAUCAUGGUCUGACAUACCACCAGAGCUUGCUGCCCUGGUCCUCCUCCGCCUCCAUGCCCACUCUGACCGUGUCCGUUUCGCAGCUGUAUGCCGCGAUUGGCGCGCCUGCGCAAGGCAGCAUCAGCUGCCCCCGCCUUUGCCCUGGUUCAUACUCCCUGGUGGAACCUUCUUCACCUUACCCCACAGUGAAUCCUUCCUGAUCCCCAACGGUGUCGAAUUCCACAGUUCCUGCGGUGAGUGGCUUGUCUUUGCACGUGACGACAUCUGCUACCUCGUAGACACCUUCUCUAAGGUCACCUUGAAGCUCCCUGACCUAGACAUGUACGACCGCAUCGAGGAGCCUGACGAAGUUAUCAAUGGUCACAGCAUGUGCUACAUUUGUCUGGACGUGGAUGUAACCAUGUCAAUAUACAAGGUAAUCGUGUGCUCAGUGCUCCUUGUUGCUGCCAUCGUUGACAUCGGGGAUCUCCGCACUCUUGCGGUGUGCCGACCGGGAGGUAACCUAUGGUUUGUAAGUGCGCUUGGCUACGACAGGUCCUUUGACAUAAUUCUCCAUGGAGGCAAGUUGCUCACGGUUGAUGGAUGGAGGAACCUUUGCGUUAUCGAUGUCGAAGAGGACAGUGACAAUGGCAGCCUAUUCAUUUCCCGGAUCGAGCGCAUCAUCAAGGGUCCUCCCUGGCCCUUAAGGCAGUUCCCGGGUGGCCUCCUUGUAUUCGACCAAUACCUGGUUGAAUCUCAUGGCGCCCUGCUGCUGGUCCGUGGGACAAUCUAUGGCAAGCCACCUGAGGACAACCACACCGGGUUCGAGAUCAGGGCAGUACGGUUUGAAUUCGAGGUGUGUGAGGCAGACUUUCAGUCGUCGCAGUGGGUUGAGAGGAGGAGCGUGGGGGACGACCAGGUGCUGUUUCUUGGGCCGAGAUGCUCCAAGUCUGUCUGUGCGCCCCAGUACAAUCUGAAGGGGAACUGCAUCUUCUUCCUGGAUGACGGCCAUUGCCAGUGGUACUGGAAGCACGCGCCGAGCGCGCCGAGCUCGUACGCAAUAUUCGACAUGAGUGAUGAGUCGGUCCGCUCUCCGCUUCCUAGAGGAUCGUGCAAAGGCGAGGAGGCGCCGGCGACAUGGCAUUUCCCUCGGGGCUGAUAUGAAUUUGUUCCUGACAUAUGCAGAUCAGUGCUAGCUUACUACAAGCAGCGCAGUGGCUGAUGAUCGCUGAAUCGCUCCGUUGUCAAUCAGAUAUGUUCUUCAGAAUGUCAUUUGAUUCGGAAUGUUGUAGUCUGUAAGUUUUGACAGCGUUUACUAAAAAAAAUCCUUCUUCCUGAGUAGA